AUGUCUAAAAAGCAAAAUUCUUAGUCAGCUCCAGAGAUUCUGUAGUAUAAAGUGCGACCUCAAAAUCAUUAUUAAAUUGAGUAGUUAGUGUUGAAUGACAUGAAAAAAAAAAUCUUGAAUGAUGAGAUGAAUUCCAUCUAAUUCUAUGAUAUUAUACAACCAGAUAUGGUAUUGCAGAUUUAUAUUUAGAAUGAAAUUGUAACCACUAAUCCAAAGGAUCUCACAAAGAAACCCAUUAAGCUACAUAAAAAAGUAAAACGCUCAGAUUUGGAGUCGAAUUUGCGGAGUAAGUUAGUGAAUGAACCUGGUGGUAAAUUGCUACUUUAAGAAAUUUAUGAAAAAUUAGAUGAAGACGAGAACACUUAGUAAGUGAAACCUGUGCUUCAUAAGGAAGAACAAUUUAAGGGAAAUAGAUAGUAUAAGCCUGAAAGUGAUGACUUGAUGGUGGCCAAUCUCGAUUAAUGGUGGAAGCAAGUGAAGGUCAAGAAGUAGUAAGAGUUCGAGAAGAAAUAAUUGGAGAUAGAGAAAGAAAAGUAGGUAAUAGCCCAGCUCUAAAAGACAGUAUCGAUCUCCUCAUUUAGAAGAGGAGCUGUAGAUAAAAGGACUGGCACCACUAUCCUGCCAGCAUUCCCCAAAUUGAUGCAAUCUCAAUCCUCCGAUGAUAAAUCUCCAUAAACUGAAAAUCAAAAUCUAUUCUAAGCUAAAGUCAAAGGAUCAUUGGCCAAGUUAUCUAAUUUAAAGAAGGCAGAAUUGUUGCAUCAAGACAUGGGUCUAGUCAAAUAAUUGGAUAAGUAUCUUUAAUAAGGAUCUACCCUCACUUCAUAAGAACUAAUUAAUAUAGAAUAGGCAAGGCAAAAAUAAUCGCAUGAAGAAAAGCAAACUGACACUUUGAUCUUUGAUUACACUGUUGAGGGUUUGAAGAAUAGUUUGCAUACAAGGAUCAAGAUGCAAUUGACUAAUUUCUUAAAUGCAAAUGAGAGAGCUGUGUUUUAUGAAAAAUAGACCAAUUCAAUUUUACAAUAGAUCAAUGCCAAAUUGGAGAAACAAAAAAAAAUAGUCAAUAAAAAUGAUCGUGAUCUUGAGACUUUAAGGAUGGAGAAUCAUGAAAUAUACAAUAGACUAAGAUCCAUUGAGGAUUUAUAAAAAUAAUUGAAAGAAGAACUUGGCAAGGUUGGUAGCAACAAUAACUCAUAAGUGUAAAAGUCUUAGAAGUCUUCUAAUGUUGAUUUUUACAUGGCCACAGUUGGAAAACAGAAUGAAAUAGAAACUCAAUUAGAAACUAUGAAAGAUAGUUACAAAAAAUACAAAUUGCAAAUUAAGCUCAAUUUCAAAUAGAUUGAAAAAUUAGAGACUGAAAAUUCUAAAUUAAACAAAAAUAAUAAAGAAUUAUUAAAAUCUAUUCAAGGAUUUCUAUUGGAAUUACUUAAAAUUGGUCUCGAUUGUAGAAAAUAAGGUUUAUGCUGGAUUGUAAAGGCUGUUUGGGAUACAAAUGAAAAAUUAUCUGAUGAUAAUUUCCCUUCUUAUUUAGAUUCUAAAGGAAGAGAAUUUUUAAUUUAGAAAGCCAAAAAAAUGAUUGAAUUGAAUGAGUUGUUUAUAAGAGCUCAUCAACUUUUUGGAAGUUAUCAUGGAAGGUUAGAAACCUCAUAAGAUAAUUUAAACAAUUCGAUAUUAUCCAUUUUAUCUAAAAAUCAUUUUUCGUAAAUUGAUUCAGAAGACAUUAAGAGAAAGACUUUAAGAGAUAGGAGAAUGAAAUCAAGUGGAGAAAUCAAUCUAUUACUUAAAGGAUUGAAUAGAGAUGAAAAACAGAGCAUACAAGGAACUCUUACGUAGAUUUUCUAAAGUAAAUAAACUUUGAAUGAUAUAAUAUAUACUGAAGCACAGAAGAAAAUAUAAAAAAUGUUCAAAACUGAAGCCAGUGUCAUCCUAGAGUAAUCUUUUAUUUCAGAAGACAAAGAAAAAUUAAUAAGAGAAUACUAAUAAAUCUAAAAAGACAUUGAAAUCAAAGAGGGUUUGUUUAAGAAAUUCGAAGAUUUGGAAUUGUAGAGAGUCGUUAAGGAAAUAGAAUAUAAAAAUGAUAUUUUAUAGUUAUAAGAUUUUCUGUAGAACCCUUAUAAGUAUUAUCGGCAUUGUUUGGAUAUGUGA